GUUUCUUCUACUUACCCUCCUAUGACACAAUUCAUUUCUUCCUUUUCUUCAUAUAUAAAUACCAACCAAAUUCAUUACAUAGCUAUAGCCAUCAUUCUCUAUUGACAUAGAACUAUAGAAGUCUCUAGCUUUUUUCUUUUUUGCUAAUAAUACUAAUAAUGGCACCAGCUUCUUUAUGCUGCAUCUCCAACACUGUCUGUGUAACGGAUGCCUCUAGUCGGCUUGGCUCGAGCUUAGUUAUUCGGCUACUUGAAAGAGGCUUCACAGUUCAUGCUGCUGUUCAAAAUCAUGGUGAUGAUGAUGAGUUGAUGUCAAUAUGUGACAGGAAGAGAUUGAAGGUUUUUUGUUUGGACCUUUUUGAUUACCAUAGCAUAAUUGAUGCUUUGAAGGGAUGUUCUUGUUUGUUUUAUUCAUUUGAGCCUCCCAAGGACCACUCCACUACUUAUGAUGAAUAUAUGGCAGAAGUAGAAGUCAGGGCAGCACAUAACGUCUUGGAAGCAUGUGCACAAACAGACACCAUAGAAAAAGUUGUGUUUACUUCCUCAGCAACUGCAAUUAUUUGGGGACAUGAUGAACAAAUAUCUUCAUCUGUUGAUCUUGAUGAAAGAAAUUGGAGUGACAUCAAUUUUUGUCGUAAUUUUAAGUUAUGGCAUGCUUUGUCAAAAACACUAGCAGAGAAGACAGCAUGGGCUUUAGCCAUGGACAGAGGCAUAAACAUGGUGUCAAUCAACUCAGGAUUAUUAAUAAAUCCUGAUUUAAACAUCACGAAUCCUUAUUUAAAAGGAGCUGCAGAGAUGUAUGAAAAUGGAGUAUUUGUGACUGUUGAUCUUGAUUUCUUGGUGGAUGCUCACAUUUGUGUUUAUGAAGAUGUGUCAAGCUAUGGUAGAUAUUUGUGCUUUAAUCACAUUAUUAACUCAAUUGAAGAUGGUUAUAAUCUUGCCAAGAAGUUGUCCCCUUUGCCUUCUUCCCCUCCAAGUUUUGAGAAGGAUACAAGGAUAAUCCAGCAAAGGAUAAGCAACAAGAAAUUGAACAAACUCAUGGUUGAUUUUAGAAGAUCGUCAGAGAAUGACCUUUUGGAAAAUUAAAAAGAUUGUUUGUGAAAGUAGUAUAGAUUAUCCAGCUUAUUUUCCUUUGGACAUGUCCAAGAUUAUUAAAUUUGAUAACAAUGUUUAAUCCCCACCACUAAAUGGAGAAAACAGGAAAGCAAGAGAAAGCUUAUGUAAUUAGUUUCUCCCAUUUAUAUUAUAUGAUGUUUUUACUUGCUUCGCGACUGUA